AUGGCGGGCAGUGGACCGAGUAUCGGCAAUUAUACGCCUUUCACAGGCUUUGUCUUCAUUUUUAAUCUCAUUGUGGGUGCUGGUGCACUCACUAUCCCUCACGCUUUUGCCAAUGUUGGAAUUAUUUAUGGAUCCAUUGCUUUAUCUUUCCUGGCGUCUAUCAGUUAUAUGACGGCCACGUUCAUGGUUGAAUCUAUUGCGGGCGUUAAUGCACUAAAGCGACGCGCUUGUGAGCUCGGAAUGGACGCCAGCAAUAGCGAUAAGAAGCGGUUGUUGGACGAGCGGAGCGACAGUGAUGACAGCGACGCGCAUACGGAGUUUGUGCCGUUAGUGGUCGCCAAUGAAACACAAGACGCACUGGAACGGAAUGUACGAUUAAAAGCUAGGGAGCCGAGACUCCAUUAUGAUCUUUCCAAUAAGAUGGAACUGGCUGAAAUGGCCGAGCUGCUGUUCAGCCACCGAGGCAUUGUUGCAUUCUACGCAUGUAUUACAGUGUAUCUAUAUGGUGACUUGGCUAUCUAUGCUGUCGCCGUCCCGAAGUCUCUGCGAGAGAUUAUCUGUCCACGUCCCUCUGCUGAUGCAGUUGUCUGGGAGUGCUCCAGCAGGUUCAACAGCUCGGACUUGUACCGCCUUUUUGUUGUGCUCUUUGGUUUGCUACUCGGUCCCUUCACAUUUGGCCACGUGAACAAGACGCGGAUACUCCAGCUCGUUUCUACUGUCAUCCGCCAUGCGUCGUUUGGGCUCAUGAUUGUGCUCGCCAGUGUUGGCAUUGCGCAAGGACACGGACGAAGCGUAACUGACGUCGUGAGCUAUGAAAAGCCCCGCAACGUCACUACCUUUUUCGGCGUGUGCAUAUAUUCAUUCAUGUGCCACCACAGUAUCCCGGGUCUUGUUGCACCUAUUACGGACAAAACCAAAGUCCGUACGAUUUUGGCAGCGGCCUUUAUAGCGGUCCUUAGUGUUUAUUUCGUGCUGUGUACCUCAGCAAUCUUCCGUUUCCGGUCAGAGGACGUCGAGGAUGUGUAUACACUGAAUUUCAAGGAUUACCCGAUCCAAGCGUUUGGAUACUUUCUGAGCUUCUUCCCGGUGUUCACGCUAAGCUCAACCUUUCCACUUAUCUGCAUCACACUCCGUGAAAACAUCCGGCACCUCGCGUCACGUAUCAGCAAUUCAACAUCAGCAAACACCAUUACUCCUCCUCGGUCUGGCCUGUACGGCUUCUUUCAAACCAACUUGUACGCGUUAGUGGCGCUUCUGCCGCCACUCGUGGUGGCGAUCUUCACUGAGGAUGUGUCAAUGCUCGUGAGCUUUACAGGCGCAUAUGCUGGAUUGGGUAUUCAGUGGAUUGUCCCGACGUUUCUCGUCUUUUGUUUACGCCGUCGUUUGGCAAUCGAAUGGCAUCAGAUGCACCCAAUGCAAAUGAUACGCCCCGAUGCUGUCGCAUCGUGCGAGAAUAAGAACCGUUUUGCAAGUCCUUUCAAGCACGAGACGUGGCUGUAUCUGGUGCUUGGACUCUCUCUGUUAUUUCUUGUACUAAUUACUGUAACACAUGGCAUGCACUAA